AUGGAGCAAAUCACAGGCGAAGACAGUCUGUCUGCUCGCCAGACAGAUAUUCUCAUCACUAUAGAGAGAACCGGAGCGAGCCUCUCCAUGGUGGCCAUCAUCUUGACAAUAUCAACGUUUGCAGCAUUUAAGCGACUUCGAACCACGCCUAAUUUGUUUCUCGUGUUUGCUUCUCUUGCAAAUGCUGGAGCAAGCAUAGCAUCCAUGAUGGGCUACGAUGGGCUGUUUCGUGGUGACAAAUCGACUCUCUGUCAAGCGCAAGCAUUUAUCUUUGAAUGGUUUAUGCAAUCCGAUCCAUGGUGGUCUUUUGCCAUGGCCUUUAAUGUCUUUCUCGUUUUCUUUUUCAACACUGACCCUACUAUUUUUCGAAAAUACGCAUGGGCAUAUUGCAUUGCCUGCUUCGGUGGACCGAUGAUCCCAGCCGUUGUUUUGAUAUCUAUCCGCGGGGAUCCAAGAGGCCCUGUGUUUGGUGAUGCUACAUUGUGGUGCUGGAUAGGCUCAAACUGGGGUCAUGUCCGAUUAUACGCAUAUUACAUACCAAUAUGGAUCUGCAUAUUGGCUUCGACCGUCAUCUAUAUCGCCGUCGGUUUUCGGGUCUUUUACUAUCGCAAUAAGCUUCGCCAUUUCAACAAGAAUGAUUCUGUCAACACCGGCCACACCGCAUCAGAAGCGAGGAGCACAUUUGGAGAAUCAUCCGAGGGCAUAUUGCCCAUGCAGCCCGACUGUUAUGGAACUGUAGUUACUGAAGUACAAGUUACGUCGGACGACAUGCGAUACGAUGUCCAUGGCGCACCCAUUUUGCCACCUGUACAGCACGAAGCCAUCAUCUGCUGCGGUACACCAGUAAGCUCACUCCAUGUCCGACAAGGGCGAUGCACAAAGAGCCACAGGAAGGAUCCAAGUGGUAUUAUGAAAGUCAAGGCUCGAUUAAUCUCGCUAAAGCGUCAGGCAAAGUCAAAGCUUGCGCGGCUGGACCCAGUUAAGAUGGCAUACCUACGCACGAGCUUCAUUUUCGGAUUCUCCGUUUUGAUCACUUGGAUCCCAAGCUCUGUCAAUAGACUAUACAGCCUGGCGAAUGAUGGAAAAGUCAGUUUCCAUCUCAGCAUAGCGAGUGGGUGUGUUCUUCCGCUGCAGGGAGUUUGGAAUGCCAUCAUUUAUUUCACAACUGGCUGGGUCAUCGUGAAAGAAGAAACAGCCCUUUGUAUAGAAGGUCUGAAGCGGCGGUGGGCUAGACCAACUCCUGGACCACCACAUCAAAUGGCCACCUUGAGCAAUGCCCAGGUGCGUCGAAGAGCAUUUGACGAUAACAGAAGCUGGAGUAUAUAA